CGCUAUUGACCGUGAUGAGGUCGCAGAGAUGCCGCGCGUCUAUAUUGGCCGCUUAAGCUACCAUGUGCGGGAAAAGGAGAUCAUGCGCUUCUUUAGCGGCUACGGCCGCUUGCUGGAGGUCGACUUAAAAAAUGGGUAUGGGUUUGUGGAGUUCGAGGACUCGCGAGAUGCCGAGGAUGCCGUUUACGAGCUGAACGGCAAGGACCUGUGCGGGGAGCGGGUGAUGGUGGAGCACGCCCGCGGCCCCCGCCGGGACAGGGACGGCUACAGCUUCAGCAGCCGCAGUGGAGGAUAUAGCAGUCGGAGAACAUCAGGAAGAGAUAAAUAUGGACCCCCUGUUCGUACAGAAUACAGAUUAAUUGUUGAAAACCUUUCCAGUCGUUGUAGUUGGCAAGAUUUGAAAGAUUUCAUGAGGCAAGCUGGUGAGGUAACCUAUGCGGAUGCUCACAAAGAACGCACAAAUGAAGGCGUAAUUGAAUUCCGUUCUUACUCUGACAUGAAGCGUGCUCUGGACAAAUUGGAUGGUACAGAGAUAAAUGGAAGAAAGAUCAGGCUGGUUGAAGACAAACCACGCUCAAGCCAUAGGCGAUCUUAUUCUGGCAGUAGAUCAAGGUCACGUUCUAGAAGGAGGUCACGUAGUAGAAGUCGUAGGAGCAGCCGCAGUAGAUCCCGUAGUGCUUCAAAAAGUCAAUCACGCUCUAAAUCUAGGUCUCGAAGCAAAGAUCGUUCACGUUCCAGAUCUAAAAAUAGAAAGUCUAGAUCAAAGAGCAAGUCUAAGCUGAAAUUUGACCGAGGUUCACGAUCCCGCAGCAGAUCCAAAGAGAAGUCUGAGAAGUCACGCAGUAGAUCCAGGUCUUUGUCUCGCUCACCCAAAGAAAAUGGCAAAGGAGAAGCAAAGUCUAAAUCCAGGUCAAGGAGCAGAUCACGUUCUAAUUCACCUUCACAGCACCAACCAGCAAAGGCUCGAUCAGAGUCUCCAACCAAGAGAGAUGCAUCACGGUCCCGUUCAAAAUCCCGAUCUCAUUCAAAAUCCCGUUCACGUUCAAGAUCCAGUUCACAAGAUUAAGACUAGAACUCUUCCUUUUCAUAUGAUUAUGGAACACUUAUAUACCAGACCAGAAGUCCUUUUUUAUGUUAGUACUGGAGAAGUUGGUCUGCUUGCUUGCAGAGGGAAAAAUGACUUGAAAAACAAGUAAUGAGGCAAAGGUUUGAAUUAUCUGAAACAUUCUAAAGAUGAGCUUAUAGAAGAGUGACAAAGAGCAGGAAAAGAUUCUCUUUUUGUAGGAAUUAGGGUAAAUCUUGAUUUUUUUUGGUAGUGUCCCAGCAGAAGUAUAUGCUGUGAAGUGGAAAAUGGGUUUUAUAUAAACAUUUUGAUUGCAGAGGACUUUUGGAAAAGGUAAUUCUUCCUUAAUUUUUCAUUAAAGAUUAUGGAAAUUAGUCUAAUUGGGGUAUGGCUUAUGUCUAAAAGUGCACGAGAACCUUACUGAACAGGUCAGAGGUGCUUGUUAAAGCUAAGUAAAAUUUGGGCCAGCAUUGAUUUUGAAUUGAAACACUUCACUUGUGAUGUACUUUAACUUGACAAAAGUAACCUCUCAGCUGCUUUCUCACUGCCUUGAGACAUUAGUCAAAAAUGGUCGCUUCUAGCUUUGCAUGAUGCAGUUUUGCCUAAUGAGAACAAUGCUAAAGCUUAAAUAUGAAGUGAUGAAUUGUUUGAACAAAACUCUAGGCGCCACAUUGAUUCCUGGUUCCCACAUUCUUGGUUAUCCUUUUAGUGACACAUUGACUAUCUUAAAUCAAUAGAUGAACUUACUUGUCCUGUGGGAAUGUCCUGGAGCUACAGAUCUAGUCUUAAUGGCUUCUCUAAAGCUAGAGUUGCCACUUCAAUUCAUGCGACAGCAUAGAAUCCAAUCCCAACAUAUUUUAUUGUAUGUAACAAAUAAAUUGAUUUAGCUACAAUAGCAAAACAUUAGAGCAGCGUUGUAAUCCUUAUACCAUGUAUAGUUUGACUUACAGGAAAUUAAAUCAGUGACUCAAAUGUU